ACGUGUACCGGUUACCGGUCGCGGCGGUCGCUAACACGCCAACGCCAGCUCGCCAUUGUUGAUUUAUAUUUGGUACAGAUACGUAUGCUAUGAUUGUGUUGAAAUGAGUGCACCAAGUUUAUUGUUAAAUCAGUGGGGAUUCGAGGACCUUAUUAGCAUCUUUGAAGAAAAUGGGAUAGAUGAUGAAGCUUUUUUGCUCUUAAAUGACGACAGUAUUAAAGAGUUAAUCCCAAAUAUGGGAGUGCGCUUAAAGUUCAAAAAAAAAUAUUGUGAUUACAUGGCUGUAGAAAUGAAAAAUAAAAAUUCUACUUUGGAUGAUGUCAUAAUAAUUGACAAUUUUUCUGAUUUGGCGUCAGGAUCUGAUAAUCUAUCAGAAUCCUCUUCAACCAUCACCAAAGUUUCUGAGGUUAAUUAUAUUACAAGUCCAUUACAAAAUAUUAUAAAUAUAAAUGAUUUAGAGUCACCAGAAGUGUCACAAAAAAGAAAAAAAGAAAAUGAGGAUGUCUUAUUUGAAAAUGGCUUACUAAAUUAUUUGGAAAAGUCUUCUGAAGGAAGACUAAUUAUAAGAAACAAGAACUCAUUAAAUGAGUACACGAGAGGAAAAAUCUGUAAAUUGAUCAUAGAUUUUCUAUUUCUGAAAUAUCCCAAUUAUAAAAUACCUCAAAGGGAAUUUGUAAAAGCAUCAAGAGAAAUUGAAGAGUGUUUUCCUACUGAACAUGCCACAAUUUAUUUUCGUCCUUAUGAACCAAAGUCGAACAGUACUCCAAAAAAACAAUGCUCUGGAAAAUUAUGGGCCAGAUAUACGAAUGCAAGAAAAGUUUAUAAUUUUUUAGAAAGAACAGGAACGGUAGUAAAUUCAAUAGAGAAUGAACCGAUAAAUAAUGUACAGGAACAAAUUUCCUUAGAUUACGUAAAAAAUAAUCUGUCUCCGUUUGAAGAAGUAUCUUCACAUUGGAGUUUGUCUUUUAAUGCAAGAAGAAAGUUACUGCAUUCGACUGAUCUAUAUCAAUACAUGUCAAUGUUUCCGAUUAUUAAACAGCCUGAUGGCUAUGAACUACUGAUUAAUGAUUUUAAUCAAUUAUAUAAUGAAAACGACAAAAAUCUCUUUAAAAAAUGGAAUUUCCUACAGCAAUGCAUACUAAGAAUUGGGCUCAAAAAAAAAAUCAUAAAGGAAGAUGAUUUAUUUAAUGAUUUUAUUGCAAUAAUGACAUUGCCUUUAUUAUUUUCACCAACUACUAUAAGAAAUGGAAAAAAAAGUUGGAGACCUUCAAGAGCGGAGGUUGCUAGAACUUUCGUUAUUCACGUAAAUGUCAUUACUGAACUGCAGGAAAGACUUAAAACAGUUCAAAAAGAAGCAAAAAGAAAAGAUUUAACUGUGCAGCCAUUUUUGGUUUUUGUAGGACCUAAAAGCAACCCGGAAGGGAUUUUGGCGUACAUACGAGUAAAUGAAAUUUUGUAUUUUUUAAAAGAUGUAGUUUCAGCGUUGGAUACAACUUUCAAAAUAUUUUUUGCUUUGGAAGCAAAAUAUCCUGCCGAAUGCGGACACGUGUGGACUUACCUUCAAAAUUAUGUGUAUGAAAUAUAUACAGGACAAGAUGUAAGAAGCAGCGGUAUUGAAGUGUUUGCCAGCGAAGAUGAAUACAAGUGUAAUCAAUCUAACUGCGGCAGAGUUUUUUUAAGUGUCAAUUCUUUUAAAAAACAUAUUAAUAAACAUGACGUAGAUAAAUUAAACAUUGAGAAUGAAACCAAUUUCAUAUGUUUAACUAAUUUCACAGACAGUAGUACUCCUCCUACUACUAGUCAAGCAUUUGAAUUUAAAAAUAAAGAUAUUAAUAAAAAUGAUCUUUGUAGUUCGAUAAAUUCACAGACAAGUCAAGAAUUUAAACAUUUUCAAGAUAUUCUUUCUAAUGCCACAUACUCUUUUAUUAGUCGACUUUACGGAGAAUUAAGUAUAACAAGAAAAGAAGUUCAGAACAUUAUUAAUGAUUUUCAAAAUUGCUUUAUAUUACCCUUAAAUAUGAUACAAAAGAAAAUUGAUACCAGUGAAUUUAAAUUUGAUUCAGAAAAAAAAUAUCUAUUGGAAAUGUGUAAAGAAAUUGAUAAUAUGUUUAUAAAUUUAAAUACUGAAUAUCGUCGCUUUAAUGUUUUAGAAAGCAGGAGAACUUUUAUAAAACCAGAAGAGGUCACUAUUGGAGGGCAUUUAUUAUUGACUCCUAAUGGAAUUCUUAAGCCUUCUAAAUUGAAUUUCCAGUUUAUAUCUAUCUCAAAAUUAUUGAAAGAAUUUUUUCAAAUGAAAAAUGUUUUAAAAGAAUGUACAAACUACUUAAAUGACUUAUCAGAUAAUAAGAAUUUAAUAACGAAUUUGAUUCAGUGUGAUUUAUGGAAAUCCAAGUCAGCAAACGUAGACGGUUUACUGUUACCUAUAUUAAUAUAUUUUGAUGAAUUUGAGGUAGGGAAUCCUCUAGGUGCUCAUGCAGGAAUACAUAAAUUAGGAGCAGUUUAUUAUACAUUGCCUGUCAUACCUCCUAAGUAUAGUUCAAAGUUACAGAAUAUUUUUUUAACUAUGUUAUUUCAUUCUUCAGAUCUUAAAACUUUUGGUGCAAAAAUAUUAUUUGCAAAGUUAAUAGAGGAAUUAAAACAAUUGGAAAAAGUAGGAAUAGAUAUUAUGGUUGAAAAUAAAAUACAUAAUGUUAAGUUUAAGUUGACACUAAUUCAAGGAGAUAAUCUUGGAAUUAAUACUAUUUUAGGUUUUGUACAAGGUUUUCGAGCAAAUUAUUUUUGUAGGCUUUGCAAAAUGCCUAGUAAUAUUAGUAGAAAUCAAGUUAAUUUAGAUAAUGCUUUACUAAGAACAAAAAUAAAUUAUAACGAGGACCUACUUCUUAACGAUUCAUCUAAAAGUGGUAUUAUAGAAAGUUGUGUUUUUAAUGAAAUACCGUCAUUUCAUGUAACUGAGAACUACUUACUGGAUAUUAUGCACGAUGUCUUUGAAGGGGUUUGUUUAUAUGUUAUGGGAAAUAUUGUUCAUCGACUAAUAAUAGUAGAUAAAAUAAUAGAUUUGGAUACUUUAAAUUUCAAAAUUACCUUUUUUAACUAUGGCCCUGAAAUCAGAAAUAAACCAGUUAAAAUAAGUGAAGACAAUGCAAAAUUUAAAAAACUGAAAAUGUCAUCUAGUGAAAUGUUGUUAUUUUGUCGAUAUUUUUGUAUUAUUAUUGGAAAUGACAUUCCAGAAAAUAAUGAUUAUUGGAAAUUAUAUUUGCUUUUAAGAAAAAUUAUCAUGAUAAUCACGAGUCCUUGUAUAUCCAAAAGCAGUAGCUUAAUUUUACAAAAUUUAAUUAUUAGCCAUCAUAAACUUUAUUUAGAACUAUUUCCUGAUUGUGAAUUAACUCCAAAAUUUCAUUUCAUGUUACAUUUGCCAGAUAUGUUAAAUAAGGUAGGGCCUCCUGUCCAUUUGUGGUCAAUGCGAUAUGAAGGAAAACACAAGAGUCUUAAAUCGAUAGCAAAUGUUGUUGCUUCAAGAGUUAACAUAUCAAAAACAAUUGCAAUUAAACAUCAGUUGCACUUUUGUAAUAUUCUUACUCAAAAUAAGGGAUUUGAAAAUGAUUUAGUGUUCGGCUCUUCAAAAUCUAUUGAUGAACUUUAUGACUUGCAUCUUGAUCCAGGGAUAACUAAAAUUUUAAUAGAGGAAAACAAAGAGAAUAACUUGACAAGAAUUGCUUUUGUAGAAGUAUUUGGAGUAAAAUAUAAAGAUAAUGAUAUAAUAGUAGUUGGGAAAAGAGGUAUGCCAAUUUUCGCAAAAAUUGUAUUUAUUUUAAUAAAACCUAAUAACAACGUAUAUUUUAUUAUUAAAAAAUGUAUAACAAAGUCUUUUAAUGAACACCUACAAAGUUACAAAAUACAACCUUCAACACAGUUAGCAUGUAUACCACAAAAACAAUUAUCUUAUAUUCAUCCUGUAGUCUCUUCCUAUAUUCUUGAAAGUUGUUAUGUAACCUUAAAAUAUGAUAUCUUAGACUAG